CCAGAACCAGAUAUAACAGGCCACCUCGCUCGCAUAACUUGAUAAUCAUAACAAAAACACGAAAUUAAAACUCAAAAUCGAUGCUUUUGUCUUGUUGCGGCGUUACCUCGUGGGAACAUCUGCGCUGUGAUACGACUCAGCAGAAGCGAUCCAAAUCUGCUGUCUUUCUGUUCUAAAACUUCCCUCCUUUUUGGAAUAUUCAAGGUAAGAUUAGAUUCCUUAUGGCUAAAAAGUAAUUUCAAAGGGUGUUCAGCCUUUUUUAUGGUUAGAUAAGUGAUCAAAAUACUUUUAAUGUCACAGAGAUUAAUGCGCUCGAAAUAUUUUGUAACUUACCUCUUGAAUAGGUGAUGGUGUUGCAAGUCGAUUAGCUUAAAAUGAAAGCACGUGUAUUUCUUGGCCAAGUUAAGGCAGUCUUAUCGCAGUCUUACGUUUGUACAUGGUUUAGGGCCUCAAAUAAAACCACGAAAUUAUAUAUAUGACAAACCAGUGAGAAAAAGUUAGUGUCAGCAGUCAAAUUGAAAGUUACCUAUGUUCUAAAACUGAUUGCACGGUUUGGGCGUCACUGUCAUCUACUCAUUCAGUGAGUGUUGGGUUUUAGAAUAAUUUGUCCUCGAUAUAUAGCACGGUUUGAAUACUGCUACUAUGGAGUUCAUCUUCGUUUCAGUGAGGGUUAAUAUUGCAAGUAGAACGAAUGCGUGACACAAGUUUUUAUCGUGACCUGCGAUGAGUGCCAUUGAAGACUUCUCGGACCGCGUGCGAUUCAUCGAAGGCACGAUAAACAUUUUGCACAUUAACAUUUUAAAAAUUCUCCUUUUACUGUUAAACUUUUAUAUAAAAUACUCAAAAAGGACAUGAUUUUUGUAACAAAAAAAAAUUAAUCUCAGCAUAAUGUUGUUUUACAGCUGUGAAAAUGAGUCAAGGUGAAAAAAAAAUCUUUUAUAUUUCGACUUUUUAGUUCUCUGCUCUGAAUCAUUUAAAAGAAUAUGAUAAUUAGUCUUCCAUAAUGGCUACUGACAAUUGCAAGUAACUCUGCCCUUUCAAGAAAGUCAGAGUCCGUAGAAUCGAAUAUGGCUGAAGAAAAAACAAUUUAAAACAGGUCGUCAUGUAGUAAAAUAAAGAACUAAAAACAAGAAAUUGAACAAAGAAACCUUGAAAACGUGUGCCGUGCCCUCUGUCUAUUUUAUUUUUUCCUCCUGAGAAAACAUUCGAGAAUCUAUUAAUCUUUUAAAUAAUCAACUCGAAGUCUUUACAAACAGAAAUUUGUCGUAAAUUUGUCGUAAAUUUUACAUUUAAAACUUUAUGAAAAACUGGUUUAAUAAAUAGCUGGGGAGGCUUUGACAACGAAAAACGGCGAAAGUUUUUACGAUGGUGUGCAGGUGCCAAUUUUGAUAAUUUAUGUUUGGCACAAUGAAUGAUCCCCCUAUGUGAAUUAAUGAAGUUUGCUAUUUUCCCCUUUGUCCUUUUCUGUUUUGACAAAACAUCCAGUGUAUCAUAAUUGGGUUUAGAGAUAAAGCAAUAAAUUAUCAAUGGCGUCGCUUUUGUUUUCGCUAGACACACUGCACUUUGUUGAGUCCGGUCCGCGGAACAGUUGCAAGGGUUUUAAAUUAUUUGAGUUAUGAAUUCGUGGCCAAGAUAUAAAUCUUUUUUUUUCGUACCGGCUUUCGUCAUUAAUAACUUGAAUUCGAUUAGUUGAUCAUGACCGCCACACGUUUAUCGCCUGCAGUAAUAAGUUUGGCACAAAAGUGAAAAGCAGUUCUUUAUUUAAUAUUGAGUCAGUGUUCCAAUUCAAAGUAGACAGACUGCAAAUUAUAGUAGUUGCUAAAAAUUGUGGCCUGUUAUAAUACUAAAUGUAUAUAAAAGCUUUUUGUUCUGUUACAGAUCUACAAAUUCAACAACAUUAUCUUCUAAAAUUUCCUCUCCUCCCAGUUAAAAAAAAAGGAACCCAUGGGCGACAGCCAGGGCGUAGUGAAGUUGGAUUGGAACUUUGAAGGAUGGAGGGACAAAACAAAGGCCAUAAAAGAGGAGAUCAAGCGACAAAGCGAAGCCAAUGAGUUGUUCUUCGUCAAAAAUGCCAAAAAGAUCAAUCUGGCCGAUCUCCAAGAGAGCACUGGUAAUAUAUACACGUAUGGAAUCAUGGGAAUGAGUGGGUCUGCUGUGGUCAAUCUUCUGCGUCACGUGAUCAUGGAAUACCGAGAGAAGGACAGCGGUCCUUUCUACCUCAAGUUUGCCGCUGACAAGAAAUUCAAAGUUGAGCUUAUGCCAACGCCGCUUUUACCCGGAAAUGGACUGAUAAAAGUUGUCGGGCGAUUAAAAUACUACGAUUAUCCAGAAAUGUGCACUUUGUUGUCCAAAAGCGGGGUGACAAGCAAAGGCCUUGGAGAUAUGUGCUACAAAUUGAACACGAGUGGCAUGAAAUCAGCGCUUUUCAACGCUGUCAGCCCCAUGAACGAACUGCACUUUAUGCUACUUUUCGAAAUCGCGAGGAGGCUGGUGCGAGGUGCAGAUGGGAAGCCAAUCUCGACUGAUCCGCCGUUAGAUCUACUUCCGGUCGGCGUAAUCAUCGGGCGUAUAAUUGAGAUGCUGCGCCUGGAAAAAGACGCGGCACUAAGCUAUGAAAGAUUAUUUGGAGCACAACAGGAGCUAAACUGGUUUACAGAACCCAAUAUCAUCCUGAAGCGGAAGAAGAUGCAAGCCAUCAAUAGUUUGUAUUUCGAAAAGUUUGUGAAGGGGCAAGCUGAUGAAGUACCCUUCAUUCGAAGAUUUCUGGAGGAAAACAAAAAUGGAUACAUUAUAAAAACUUUACAGGGCUAUCUUGAUGAAUUAGAGGAAGUAUUUGGCAAAAUGUGA